CAACAAUUGAUUUAAAAUGUUUAGUAGCAAAAUUGACACAUACAAGCGAAUUUUCCAGAAAUUCGAUAGAAACAACGAUGGUCACCUAGACGUCAAUGAGCUGAAAAGUGCCAUCCGGAAUAACACCCUGGGUGAAAACAUUCCCGAGGAUGUAGUGACAAAAAUCAUGGACCUGGGGGACCAAGACGGUAACAACCUCCUCAGUUUCGAAGAGUUCCUGAACGUCGUCGAACAUCCCGAACUACAAACGUUCUUUUCCUCAUUGGUGAAGAGUUACAUGCACUUCAUCCUUCCUCCUCAAUGUUUACAUCAAAGAAGACGUGACGAGGAAAGUGAGUUAAAGGGUGGAGAUGAGGUGGACGGCUCCGGAGCCUACGAUGAACAGUAUUCCUGCAAGCCACCACGCUUGGGGAUGAUCAUCAUAACCGUCGUCGAAUUAAUCCUCUUCGCAGUGGACGCGAUCCGCCAACCGGGCUCGCAGGACUACGGAACCGGGGAUGUGGGCAUGGCCCUCUAUUUCAAUUACUAUCGGCGUCGCCAAGUCUGGCGAUAUUGCUCCUACAUGUUCGUGCAUAUAGGGUACAGUCACUUGUUGGGCAACUGUUUAUUACAGUGUUUGGUGGGACUGCCCUUGGAGAUGGUGCACGGCAGCGUGAGGGUGUUGUUGAUUUACGUCUGCGGCGUACUUGGCGGUAGUCUUUUUACCAGCAUCGCCGAUCCUGGUACUGGAUUGGCGGGAGCAAGCGGCGGCGGUUAUGCUGUCAUCACCGCCCACAUCGCCACAGUUGUUAUGAAUUGGUCCGAAAUGAAGCAUCCUUUAAUACCGUUAGGAGUAAUCGGUACUUACGUUACCUAUGACUUUGGUACUGCCCUUUGGUACAGAUACUCAAAGCAUGCUGAGGGUGAUGUUAUCGGAUACGAAAGUCAUCUUGCCGGCGCAUUUUAUGGAGUAUUUGUUGGAAUCAUCAUUUUGAAAAAUCUGAUUGUUAAGAAGCACGAAGAAGUUAUUUGGUGGGUUGCUGUUUUUAUUGUGGUCACAACAAUGUGUGGAAUGAUUAUUCAAAACGUAGUUUACUUAGUGAAUUAAUAAAUAAAAAACUCGAUUAUUAAAUAAA